CCACAAUAGGACUAUACUACUGAUAUUCUCAAGAGAAAGUUGAAGAUGUCAAAGAAAACAAGUAUGGCAGAUAAACUAAAGGUUCAUGUCUUUUUGGGAGCACCCAAUCCCCAAUCACUGUCUGAAAAUGCCAUGGAUAAAAGUACUAAUCAGUGGAGGACUUCAGAGUUUAGCUGGAUUCAAGGAAAGCUAAGGCCCAGGAAGGAUGUCACUGAGGGCCAUAUACAUAGUCAAGUUGCUCUUGAGGCCAUUAAUAGCCCGAAUCCAGUUACUGCUCAGGAGAAGCAUAGCUUCACAGUUUCUCAAGAGGGAAAUGGGACACUGUCUGAAGAUGAUAUUACACCCUCGAUUAGUCAGUCCUGUUUGGGUAAACAUGCACCUGAAGAGGAUGACAUGAGCCCCAGACUGGUUACUGAAUAUCUAGACAGCUGCUUCCCCUCCCAACAAGCUGAACCAAGAUUUGACUCUGAACCAAGUCCUGCCAUAUCUGCAAAGACAGAAUAUCUAACCACCUGGACCAAGACACAAGGGUUGCUCCUGAAACCUGGAGUGGUUAGGGAGCAGGGCUCUUGCUCAUUCGGCACACUUGGAUCUCCCCAAACACCACCAAAACACACUCCCUCAGUCUCCUUGGGCUCUCCAGAGCUCUACAGCCCAGAGGUCAGUCCAGGAGAUAGAGGCUUUGGAGGAACCCUGCAAGGGUCAGCAGAGCUUUAUGAGAGUCUGAGCCAAAGGCUGCAGGAAGGAGGUGUGAUUUUGUUACGUACUCCUGAAGGUCUAUUGUGCUCUCAGGCCAGUGCAGUGGAGCAAGAGGACAAUGUAUUCCAGUUUGGCUCUCUGAACAAAUCUGUGGAAACCUCACCUACUCCCAGCACCUCAAAACGGCCUAAGCUCUCAACAGCUACAGCUUGGAGGCAGCAGAGAACUGGACAAGAAAACACCCUCCGACUUCAUGGUCCAACCACACUGCUCUCAAGGUGCAUCAGUCAUGGAGCGAGUUACUCCAUCUUGGUUGCUGUGGUGCACCCAUGCCAUGUGAAAGAGAUCAGCGUGAAGUCUGGAGCAUCAGCCGGAUCCAGUGUUCCGCUGGCUACGUUGAUUGUCACUGACCAGUCAGGAGUGGAGAUGAAGGUGGUGCUGUGGAGGGCAGCAGCAUUCUGGGCACUGACAGUCUAUCCAGGAGACAUAUUGCUCGUCACAGGUGUGACAGUGCACGUGGAUAAAUGGCGAGGAGAAACUGUACUACAGUCAUCCUAUAUGAGCCAACUACUGAACCUGGGCCAGAUCACGCUAGGCCAUAAUCCAGAAGCUCCACAAAAUGUAAACAUCCAGACUCUUAGAGCUCUGUGUACUCAUCUCUAUGAGAAGCGCCCUCUGCUGGUGUCUCUGCCUCCUCGCACCACGCCGAACCUGCAGUCGAUCCCCUUCGUCCGCUUUGGGUCUCUGCGACCUGACACCCUCGUUCAUGCGCUGUUAAGAGUCAAACACACCAGGAUGAUUUCAGACUGGCGCAGUGAAGCCGAAGGCGUGUCCCGGAAAGGCAGCGUGCCCAAAGCUGUGCUAACAGUAGAACAGGGAGACGGCAGACAAGGAGCCGUUGUUUUAUGGGGAACUGCUCUCACAUGGCUACAGCACAUACACACCAACAAGGAUGCAGUUUGGGAAUUGCGGUUGCUGUUGGUGAAACAGGAUGUGUCUUCAGGCCUUCUAGAGCUUCACUCCACACCAUGGAGCUCAUUCCAAGCUCUGCUCCCAAGUAACCCACGAUACAAAGAGUUCUGCAGCACAGUCACAUCACACCGUGGCAACAGCACCAGCUUUGAGAUUGACCUACCCACACUCCUGUCUCAGAAAUACACAGGUGACGUAGAGCUGAGAGUUCAAAUCAUAGUAUUCCAGUUCCACAGCACUCCUUCCCAGGAUGCAGUGCUGCUCAUAGAUGGAGAGACGCCUCUGGAAAGGAUCCUGGACAUUGUGUCUGGUGACAUCACUUUCACUGGAUGUGGCCUGUGCUGUGCUGAGUUAGACACAGACGAGAACGGCAUCUACAGGCCGUGCUACCCGUGCCUGCCUCAUACGGGAGUACGGCGUUACUACAGGCCUGUAGUUCUGACUGUGAGAGAGGGACAGAGUCAGGUCUGUGUCCAUGUUCCACCUACACUUGUGCAGAAGAUCCUGCUUAACACUCCACCAGACAAGCUUAACAAGUCUGUAGCUCCUGAGUCAGAGGAGAGAUUUAUUCAGGUUGUGGCUAAGAGGAUCCACUCCAUCCUGUCCACUCCAAGGUCCAGGUUUCAUCUCACCAUCCACAGUCAUUUUGACUGUGAUGAAAACAGCAUUCCUAUUAUACAGAAUUUCUUACUCUUAGAUUUUAUAUCACAUGAAGCUUGAAGCAAUAAACAGUGCGCUGUUAUACUUACUGAUUUGCCUUAUGUACAGUUCCUGUCAACUCAGACAUGGAAUAAUUGUAAUAAGUAAAGACAGUAUGGAUCUAAAUUAUUUUUUGUGUCUAUGUAAGUAUAAAUUGUAAAAGCACCAAUUAACAUAUUAAUCUGUAUAUAUUUUAUACACUGUAUAAAUUAUUGUAACCAAUAAAUUAGUUCUGCAUUUGCAA